AGUCAGUCAAUAACAGACGGCCAAAGCGUUGAGACGUCGUCAGUUGCGGGACGCGUAAAACGUGCUUAACGAACAUAAAUAUCAAACACAUAAAAAGCCAAGCGAGCAACGGAGCUAGCAUUUGCCAACAACAACAACAUUGAAGUCGCUCUUUUUUUUUUUUUGCUGUGCGCUGUGCUGAGCAAGCGAAGAUGCUGAGGUGUACUUGGUAAGCGUCUGGGCAGCCAUAAAUUGAAGUCAACUGCAUAAUCUAAAUUGAUCGCUGACGAAGAAGAAGAGGUAGACGAAGAAGAAGAAGAAGAAGUACAAGAUGGCGCUACGUUUGCGUCGGGACGUACAGAAGGCCUCCUACUAUGUGUGGUUCCUGGGCGCCGAGGAGGCAAAGGGAUUGCGGGGCGCCCGCGUCAUUAACUCAGUGCUGCCGUAUCUGGUGGACAGAUCACGGGGCCAGGAGCCGCUCAAGGUGACGCUCCAGGUCUCGCACAAAGGCAUCAAAAUCGUGCAGGGCUCGUCGAAGCAUUUAAUACCACACAGUGCCAUAACCAGCUCCGUGCAAACCGAUGACAUCGUUGCCUGUGUUUUGCUCCUCUACAAUCCGGCCACCAAAUGCCCCUUGCAUGUGCACGCCUAUCGUUGCGACUCGGAGACAACGGCCGAGGCGUUGCAUCUACAACUACAAAUCCUAAUCAAUCGGCCCGACAAUCAGAAGCGCUUUGAGGAGCUCGAGACCAGAUUGGGCAUUUUGCCACCGCUGCCCGCUGGCGGGCCUCUGGGUCACAAUGGAGGCAGCAGCAGCAGCAGCCACAGCGGCGGCGACAAGCGCCACGAGUCCGGCCACAAGUCGUCGCACCAUCAGUCACAACAGCAGCUGCACUCGAGCGGCGGCUACUCGCAGCAGCAGCAGCAGCAGCGCCGCCACGAGACGUCGCCGAAGCGCUUCAGCAGCUCCUUGGGCAGCGACACGGGCAAUAGCACACGGGAGUCCGAGUGCAGCGAGGAGCACGGCCUGACCGGCUCGCCAGUCUCCCGUUCGCCGCCACAUGGCGGCAGCAGCAGCACCGGCAAGCAUCAUUCGUCACACCAUGGCUCGCAUCAUCCGCACGGCCAUCCGCCACUGACGCCACAGCAGAACAGCGAUCUGUUCGACUCGCUGGCCGCCGAGCUGCGCGCCAAGCUGAACGGGAACGGGCCGCCGUUGCUGUUGCCGCCGCGCGACUACGACACAGUGCAUCGCUCCAAGGGCAAUCUAACGGCAAUCGAGCUGCGACGCUGUCGCAAUGCUCUCAUUGUGGGCGGCGCGGGCACGCCCAAGGGCCAGGUGUCGCCUGGCGCAGGACCAGCAGCACCAGUAAGUGCUGUGCCCGCGACGACGGCCAAUGGCAAGCAGGUCUCAUCGCGCGGCUCCUCGGGCAUUGGAUCGGAUCUGGCGCCCAGUCCAGAGCGACAGGAGCUGAAUAGCUCAAGUGACGACGAGCACUGGUCGAAUGAAGCGGACAACUCGGUAAUCGCACUGAAGCCGUCACAAAUCGCGCUCUCGCAUCAUGCGCAGCUGAAGCGCAAGAGCGCUGUGCAGCCGCCGGAGGAUAGCUAUCUGCGGGAUCUGCCGGCCAAGCCGUAUGUGCCGAGGCAGAGCGAACGCGUCAAGACGCCGUCAGCGCCAUCGAACAGCAAGUCGUGGUCGCGCGAGGACGAGAUCAAGCCGAUCAUCAUGCGACCCGCUGACUACGAUGCGAAAUUCAAUCGGGUGAUGCAGCUGGAGCCGCAGCCGGCCAAGCAUGAGGCGGCGCCCAAGCUGCGCGACACCGACAAAUACAACGAGAUCAAUCGCUUGCUGAACAAGAAGCUGUCCGGCCACGAUCGGGAUCGGCUCAAGGAGCGUUCGCUGCACGACGACGAUCUGGACGACUUCGAUGACUCGGAUCCGUGCAGUGAUCCGCCGCAGAAGUCGCUACCCGUUCCCAGCUAUCGCAAGGAGAACCUGACGGACAAGCAAAAGUUCAUGGAAUACGCGUCCAAGAAGCAGCAGCAGCAGCAGCAGCAACAGCAGCUCAAGUCCUAUGCGGCCGAGGAGGCGCAGCGCUAUGGCGGCAGUCGCCAUCGCUAUGUGGAUCCUGCCGAGCUGCCGUUCGAGCAGCUGCCGCCAGUGCCGGCGCACAACAAAUAUGCGGCCGUGCAUCGCGGCGCAGAGCAAACGCGCAGCAGCAACAGCGUCGGCGGCGGCAGCAGCAGCCACAUCAAUGGCAGCAAUCCAGAUCGACUACGGGAGCGUCAUGACAGAGACAGAGAGCGCGAUAGAGAGCGAGAGCGAGAGCGAGAGCGGGAGAGGGAAAGGGAGCGCGAUAGAGAUCACGAGCAUUCCAGGGAUCGCAAUCCAUACCGCGAGGCAGAGAGCCUGCCGUACAUCCAGAGCAUGGAGAAGAUGAUGAAGUCGACGGGCAUGCGCUACGGCGAGGAGCCGCCACGGAAGCCCAGCAGCCGGGAUAGCCGCGACUACGUGCGGGAGUAUCCGACUGCGGCCAGCAGUCAGGUGUCGCCGAGCGAUCGCUUCCACGAUGCCAUGGAGCGUAACGGCGGCAGUCGCUAUGACCUGGACGAGCGCGACAGCGGCAAUGGAGUCGCAGCGGUGCCGCCCACAGCCGACUACAGAUCAUCGUCGCGUCGGCGUCGCGGCUCCGUGGAGCCGCCCAGCUACGAUCAGUGGAGCGACGAGGAGGAGGAGCCCGAGCAGCAGCUGCCAGUGCCAGUGCAGCAGCCGGAGCCGAUGAUGAGUCGUUCGCGUGCUCGCUCGCGCGACCACUGGGAGCAAGAGCAGCAGCAUCACGGCAGCAAUGGUGGCAACAUGCGUCACGGCCAGGAGCGGGAGCGGCGCGAACGCGACUAUCCCAUGCGACGCGGCGACGACAUGCGAGAGCCGCCACACGAUGGCUAUCGUCUGGAUCGCGAGAGGGAAAGGGAGCGGGAGCGAGAGCGCGAGCGCGAGCGUGAACGGGACCGAGAUCGGGAGCGAGAACGGGAUCGCCAUCAGUCGCAGUCGCGCCAUCAGAUGCGCGCACGCUCGCGAGAGUAUAUGCAGCCGACGGAGCCGGUGCCGCCCGUGGCCAAGUCCAGUUCGUCGCGCCUAAGCCAUCACGCCGAGCGCUAUCCGUCGCCGGCGCCGACGCCCAACAGCGGCAACAGCGGCAGCUCCAGCUCGGGCAAGCCGCUGGCCAGCAUGCCCAAGGGCUAUCGGCACAGCUAUGCGGAGCCCGUGUUCGCGCGCUCCGGCGGACGUGUGGGCCUCGCUGCAGUCAAUCCCUACUGAUAGCAAACCACA